AUGACUCUACGCAAACGGCGCCGUUCUUCCAAAGACAAUGAGGAGGACGAAGACACGACUGUCCACAGGCGAAAAAGCCCCAGAAUUCAAAAGAUCCUCAACAAACAACACCAAGAACGCCUACAAAAAUUGAAAUCUAAGCCAUCACACAGAAGCCCACGACUACAAGAGAUACAAGACGUGAACAGGCAGGGAACCACAAGAGGAGGGAGACAGACGAGGUCACCGCCUCGAUCAAGUAUCACUCAGCAAUACUCAGGACAGAAGCAGGUGGUGAAGCCAUACCCCGGCCCCAAAGAGAAAGGCGAAGAUCGACCCACGGCCCCAUUUACGGACCAAGGAACACAGAAGAGUACAAAACGGCGACGUCGCGUGAACGAGGAAGACGAAUCAGCCCAUAACGCGAAGCGUCCGAGACACCACCUAGCGCAAUGCACUGAACCGAGAACAGCACCUAACAAGGAGAACUUCAUUGAGAAUUGGCUGGACGAAACCUGCUGGUCUCGAAGAGCCUCGACAGAGAACGAAGUCGAGGCCCUGGCAGUAGCUAACGUGCCCCGGAAAUCUCUUCCGGCGUUCCAAUCCCCAGGGAACAGCGUCGAGAGCACCAUAACUUCGUCCAGAAAGUCAGAGAGAUCCGCUGCAAGCGUGCAUGACACGGAUUAUCGGCAGUCACUACGCUAUCGCAACAUCUUCAUCGAGCGCGAGAAUCCUCCGCCAGAGUUAAUACAGAAAGCACAGAGAAUAAUAUCACGCUCGCGAGAGUCACCUGAGAUCGACGACGCCGCUAUUGAAGAAGUGAAACAAACCUCUCGAAGACUUCAGGAUGAAGGUGAAGACAAGAUCAUAAAACAAUUGGUCCCAGACAUAAUUCCAUCUAUAAAGAAGAUCCCCGACCAGAGACUGGAAAUGAAUGCCGAUCAACCGUGGUUCAAUUCUGUCCCUAUCCCGCUCGACCCAGACGUUCUGAUCAACCCUCUUCCUCUACCCAAACCAAAGCCGGACCUUACUUUUGGAUACUCCGAGACAGCAUUCAACCACAAACAGCUUCUGACCAUUGACCUUCUCAUUGACGACCAGUUCGGCCGAAGCUACGCCGUUCCAGACCAGAAGAUUAGAUUUCCAUUUCUGGAGGUCGAGUUUAAAUCGCAGGCUAAAAAUGGAACUCAUUAUAUCGCAACAAAUCAGGCCGCUGGUGCUGGAGCUAUCGCCUUGAACGCAGAUUUCAGCCAGUCCUCUUUUCAAACACCAAUCAUCAUGUCGAACCCGAGAAUAGAAGAGCUCCCUGAUGAUGAGCCUGACAAGAAGGCCGCAGCAGAAGAUGCCUCCAGCUCGUCUGACUCGGAACCCGAAGCUGCUGGUGAGGGAGAAGCCAAUAUUCCAGCCGGCUCUGCUGUCGCAGUCCACAGCCGAAACGAGAAGAAGGCGAGGAAGGCCAUUGGCAAGCUGGGAUUAAAACAUGUUCCGGGAAUCACACGAGUUACGUUGAGGCGACCAAAGGGAAUCCUCUUCGUCAUCUCCAACCCUGAUGUCUACCGAUCACCAACCAGCAAUACCUGGAUUAUCUUCGGAGAGGCUAAGAUCGAAGACCUGAACUCACAAUCCCAGGCCGCUGCCGCUCAACAACUCGCAGCUGCGGAAGCAGCCAACGCAGAUCACUCUGGCCACGAUCACGCAGCCGAGAAUGGCAAGGGCAAGGCCGUUGAGGAUAAGAAGGCAGAAGACGAGGAGGAUGACGAUGAGGAAGUGGAUGACAGCGGUCUCGAAGCUAAGGAUAUCGAACUUGUCAUGACCCAGGCUUCUGUGUCGAGGAAAAAGGCCGUCAAAGCUCUGAAGGAGAACGGCAACGACAUAGUCAACUCCAUCAUGGCGCUGAGUGUAUGA